CAAAAAGAAUAAAUCCGAUAGAAAUUCAUUAUAAGAUGAGAAAAAAGAUCUGUUGAGAGAAUUCGAAAGAAAAACUCAAAUGCAAAGCCAUCAGAAUCGAAGCAGGCUGAGCUUGAUUCUACGGUCUAGAUUCAUCCCUUCCUUCUCUUCACCACUCUCCCUCUUCGUCGUCCUCGCUGCUGUUCCUCUUCCGAUCUACUUUUCCGGUCUACUCUCCGGCAGAAACAACAAGCCGCUUUCAGUUAUGAGACUCAACUCCAACUUAGCUUCUUCAAUGGUGGAAUCGAAUAUUUCUUGUACCACUUUCAAUAUCUUGGCUCCGAUUUAUAAACGCGUUGAUCAAAAGGUUUGCUUCUAUUCUUCUGAUUUCUUCACUCUUUACCUUGUUGAUUCUGGAAUCGACGACAUUGGUUGAUUGUGUUGGGUGUUAUUAACAGAAUCAUAGCACUCGAGAGAGCGAUUUCCGCACGCUUUGGUUAGCUCGUAACCAGAGGAUUUUAGAUUUGUUACUCCAUCAACGCUCUUCAGUUAUCUGUCUCCAGGAAGUUUGGGUUGGGAAUGAGGAAUUAGUGAACAUGUACCACCACCAGCUUUCAUCUUCAGGCUACACUAUUUAUCAGUUGGCUAGAACAAACAGUCGUGGUGAUGGUCUUUUAACAGCCAUUCAUAAGGACCAUUUUAAAGUUGUAAAUUACCGGGAGCUGCUCUUUAACGAUUUUGGAGACCGUGUUGCUCAGCUCUUACAUGUCAAAACAGUUAUUCCCUUUCCGCUUAAUGGAAAGCAAGACGUUCAACAAGAAGUUAUUAUAGUGAACACUCACCUCUUGUUUCCUCACGAUUCUAGUUUGUCUAUUGUAAGACUGCAUCAGGUUUACAAAAUUCUUGAAUAUCUGGAAGCUUACCAAAAGGAAAAUAAACUUAAUCACAUGCCCAUUAUUCUCUGCGGUGACUGGAAUGGAAGCAAACGCGGGCAUGUCUACAAAUUUUUGAGAUCUCAAGGGUUUAUUUCAUCAUACGAUGAUGCUCAUCAGUAUACCGACAGUGAUGCUCAUAGGUGGGUUAGCCACAGAAACCACAGGGGAAAUAUUUGCGGAGUUGAUUUCAUAUGGCUCUGUAACCCUAGUGAUUCAAGAAAACCAUUGAGAACAAGUUGGGUGGAAGCUGUUUUCAGCAUUAUCAAGUAUCAACUACACAAAGCUUCCAUAGCCGAGGACGAUGCCUUUACUUUUCUUGGGGCAAAAAAUCACAGUGAUUCACUAACCUACUCUGACUUUUGCCUAGCACUUCAAAAGGUAAAUCUAACGGGUAUUCCACAUGGACUUAGCUUCGAAGAGACAAAAGAGCUAUGGGUCCGAGCUGAUCUUGAUGGAAAUGGUGUCUUCGACUAUGAAGAACUUAAGAAAAUUUGGAACAUGACGAUGGUAAAUCAACCUGGAAACUGCAAAGAGAGUGUGAUGGAGAGUAAGAAAGAAGAAGGAGAAGAUGAAGCAAUCGGAUUGAAAGUGAAUAAAGCAAUUUUGUUUCCACAAGAAGCAGAGAAAGGAUUGUGGCCGGAGAAUUACAAUAUAUCCGAUCAUGCUUGUCUCACCGUACAAUUCUCUCCAGUCAAAAUGCUUUGUAGCUAAAUUUUGUUUAAUUACGGCUCUUGUAAAUGUAAAGAAGCAAUGAGAUUGAGAUUUGCAAUGAGACAUCUUUACGAACCUUAUGGAGUGUGCUGUAUAGUUUUGUCUGUUUAAAGAUUUUUUAUUUAUUUUCAUGAAUCAAAUUUUAGUGGAGU